UUUCUCAUUCAGAUCUUACAUUGCAUCACACGUGUACAUUCACUUCACUGCCUUAUAAACACCCGCUCAAAUAUCUCACAGUCAAAGAGUUGGGAUUGAUGGCGAAAACAAAGAUGUUUAUGCUUAGGGAAGCUAAACGGAUAAACCGGAGCUCGAGCAAGCUUGUAGCUGGACCAGGUCGUCCAGAAAAACUUGGAAAUGCGGUCAGUGAUGUGAAGAUGGAUGAUUCACCGUACUGGGUUCCACAUCCACGUACAGGCAUAUACUUUCCGAAAGGCCAUGAAUCGGUGAUGGAGGAUGUUCCAGAGGGUGCGGCUUCUCUCAAUCAGUUUCAAACCUAUUGGAUGAGGAACGUCGAUGGCGUUGAAAAGCCAGAUCCUAACACUCCACACGAUCAUGAUCACUUUCUCACAAAUAAUUUCUAAUUAUAUCAAUAUAUAUAUAUGAUGUGCUUAAUUUGUCCCUGUAACUACAGUUUAUAAUUAAGUACGUAGAAAAUUUACAGGAAAGGGUUUCUGAAUAAUGGUGAUCGACUAAUGUACUGAGAAAUAAUGUACUUCUCCUCCUCUCCUACUGAUCACCAGAGAUCUGAGGAAUUUAAUCCAUGAUAUUGGAUAUUCGAAUUUAUGGUUUUAAUCAGUAAUUUUUCUGCACGUAUAU